UUUAGUAACCAGUCAGUUUUGAGUCGACAAUUCAAAUACGAUGUUUUUAAAAUAUUUUUACAAAUACCUAACCUUGUCUAUAUCUAUCCUUAAAAUCAUAUGUAACAAUUUUCGUGUCACAAAACAAGCAUAUUGAUGUCAUUAAACAAUUGCGAGUCCCUAGAAUCUCUGGAUAUUAAUAAAUCUGAUAUUUACAAUUUAUCAUCUAAUUCCUUGACAUUUCAUGAUAGACAAAUAUAUAAGUCAGAUUAUCAUUGUCAUUGCCAGACUUCAUUAGAAAAUAAUAUUUAUCAUACUCCAUUACAAAGAAAGAAUAUACUGCUGAAAAAUUAUAAAACUAAAGUAAAGGAAUAUACAAAAGAAGAUCUCAAACAAAAGCAGAAAAUUGAACAAUUAGAAAAUGAAAUUGUUAGGCUCAAGAACAAACUUGAUAUAAUUUGCCCAAACUAUACAAAAUUAGAAGAUACCCAUUUAUUAUUUAAAGAAUUAACUGCCAAGCAAAAUAUUAUAAAUAAUUUAUUGAUCUCAUUUAAAAAUGAUAUUACAUGUUUGAACAAUUACGAAAAAUAUAUUAAAGGCUUAUACAAUUCUCAAUAUUUGAAAUAUAAUAACAGCAUGAAAAUGAAAGAUACCCAACCAGUAUUUCUCAAACUAAGAUCAAAUACAACUUUAUUGCCUUCUAACAUUGCCAGAUUAAAGAAGAAUCCUAUGUUACCUUAUUACCAUAAUCCAGCUAGCUCUCUCUGUGAUUCCAAAUCUACUGAAAGUAAUGAUACUUUAGCAUUAAAUCCCGUUUCAAAUGACUUAGGUCACAUAAAAGAUUAUAACAAUAACCCAAUAGAAUCUAAAUAUUGUACAACAGUUAAAAAUUCAUAUUUUCUUGGUAAUGGCCCUUGUAAAGUCAGCAAAUCUCUUCAGCCUCACUACUCAUCAAAUAUUGAGUACCCAUAUCAAAAUUCUCAAUCUCUAAUGGUCGACCCCAAAUCAAGCUUUUGCUCUCACCUCUCGAACCUGUCUACAAAAACUAAUUCUCUUAUUAUCUCCGUAUCCGAUCUCAAUGAUUUAACCCUCCAAACUUUGGACGAACGAUGCUUAACCUUGGAAAUAAUGUCAGACAGAAAUAUUGAAAUCGAAACGAAACUGAAAUUCCUUAAAGAUGUCAUAUUUCAUUUACUGACAACCGCUUCUCAUAAGGAAAAUCAUAGCCAUAACCAUUGCAAUAGUUCUAACCCUGUCACUUCAGAGAAUUGUAUAAAUAGUGAUAUUCCUAAAGAUUCUAUCCAUAAAAACAAUGGGACAUUGAAAACGAAUGUUAAAGAUGCUCAUAUAAACGCACUGGCUGCCAUACUUGGCUAUGAUAAAGCACAAGUGGCUAAGAUUAAACAAAAUUUUUUGUAAAACCAUUAUUUUAUCUAAAACAUUUUUUUUGGUUAAAAUAUGUGUUAGGUUAAACUUUAUUUUUUAAACGAUCGAUAAAGGUUAUAAAUAAUAUAUUUUGUCUUUUUAUUUUGGUAGUUAUAGAAGGUAUUUGUAAUUAUAAUUACCAAAUCAAGAUCAAUAGAUAUUUUAUGGGGUCCAAUUUAGUGUUGUUAAAUGGCUCGCGAUUUUACCAAUUUUAAAUUAAGAUUUUAGCCAAACUAAUAUUACGUAUGCCUCGAAAUUUCUUUAAUAGAUGUCCUAACUUUUUUGCCAUCUACGAGAAAGUUUUCUAAACGUUAGUCUUUUUUUUAAAAAAAAUCGAGCAUUACAAUACUAAUCUAAUUUCACAAUGAUUAUAAGUAAUUUUCAAUUAAAUUUUUUUUUUAAAAAAAAAUAUUGAAAAUGAUUAAAUCUAGUCCUCUUCAAAUGUAAAAUAUAGCUUUUCAUCAUAUAUAUUUUUUUUUCAUUUCGUGCAACACUUUAUAUGGGUCAAAUAGGUGUACAACAUAAUAUAUAUCGCAAAAAAUAAUUAGAGUCAGGAUUUAAAUAAUUAUUGCGAAGAUUUCAUUUUAUUACCUAUUAAAUUAUACUAUAUAAAACAUAUUUAUAAUACAAAUUCAUUAAAUGAUUUUAAAUAUUAUUUACAAAUCGGUUAUACGCUAUAAAAUUCGAUCCAUAUAUUUAUAUUCCAGUAAAUAAUUAAUGCAAAUUGUCAAAAAAAGGUGAAAUAAAUUAUGUAUUAGAAAUUAUACUUGUAUGCAUUUUUUUUUUAAAAAUAUCUACCCAAUAUUGUUAUUUAAAAGUGAUUUGUACAAAAU